AUGUCUACUUCAGAUAAAUCAAAACCACUCAAGGAGCAAAUUGAGGCUCUUCAAAAGCAUUACACAGCUUGUGAUAUUGCAGAUGCUCUUCUCAAGCUCAAAGUACCGGGCGCUGGCUUUCUUCCUGAUCUUAAACCUGCAUUUACUUCAGCAGCUUUCAACAAAAUUACUAUUGCUCCAAUUUCAACUGUUAUCUUUGCACCAAAGAGGAGUAGCACAGAUCUCUCAGAUUACCCCGCCGCAAAUAUUCACACUGACAAGCAUUGGGUCGAUCUCACAGUACCUGACUCGAUUGUGGUGAUAUGUCAACCUGAAGGUCAAAACAAUGCUGUACUAGGUGGAAUAAUGGCACUGAGAGCCCAAGUUCUUGGCGCUAAAGGUGUAGUUGUUGGUGGAAGAAUUAGGGAUCUUGAUGAACUUGAAGCUACCGGACUUCCUAUAUGGUCUCGAGGCACAUCAAUAGUUGGUGCUGGUGCAGAAUCCAAGCCACACGCAGUUCAAGUACCAUUGAGAAUUGACGGGACAGACAUAUAUCCUGGAGACUUAGCAUUCUGCGAUCCCAAGAAUGGUGUUGUCAUCAUCCCACACGAAAAGAUAGCCGAUGUCAUCUCAAUGCUGCCAGGUCUUGUUGCAGCGGAUGAUCAUGUGAAGGAUGAAGUUAAGCAAGGAAUGUCGGUCCAAGAAGCAUUCAAGAAGCAUCGAGGAUGA